AUGAAAUCAAGUUGGAAAAUCGGAUUGUUUUUUAUUGCAUUUGUAGUAGAGCUCGUUUCCUGCGAGUCCUCGUUCCCAUCGUUUUUGUUCUCGCAUAAAUUGAUACCAGGAAUUCAAGAUAAGCUACCUCAUUCUCCGCAAGAACCUUUCACACUUCAACAGACGAAUUACAUGAUAAACCAAGUCCUUGAAAAAUGUCAGGCUAAUGUGUUUAUUUUGGUGAACCAGCCAGGUGUGAUUGUCCAGGAUUUUCAGGAUUUCUAUUCUUUUCAGAAUUUAAGAAGUUACAUGGUUCAAGCAAGCACAAUUCUAACAUUCCCGCACACUGUGGUCACAGAGGAAGACCCCCACAAGGGAUUGGAUCUGGACAAGAUUCAAACGUAUAUUAUGAGACAAUGCAGAGCAAAGCUGCUUACAUUGAAGGAUGAUGAUCCUGGAAGCAUUGAAUCGUUCAUCGAUAGUAAAACAAGAGUCAUUAGGAUGGAUUUCACGGGCAUACCUUCAAAGGCUGAAGAAGAGUACGAAGGCCAGAGAGAGGAAAUACUUAAGAAGCAUGACUUGACUUUACUGAAAGUUAUUAGAGAGUUGCCCUCUCCCUUCAUAACUUUACUCUAUACCACAGAUACUGCACAAGAGUUUGCAAAGAUACCAGAUGAACUCGUAAACGUGAACGAAAUUCCUAAUGAUCCUCAGAUGAUUCCACUAUCAAUGAAGAACGAGAUUCUUCAGAAAGAGAAUGUUAUUUUUCCCGAUAUAACCUUAUUUGACCUCACCAGACUAUCAGAGUAUGAAAGAAAUAAUCUAGGUCACUAUAUGAACUUUGAUCAAAAAGACAGAGACGCAGAACCAGUUCUUGCUGUGAAUGACGAUAAGGACAAACCUAUUUUCAACAAACCGAGAUCCAAAAAGGUGGACGUUCGCCCUGAAUGGUUAAGAUUUGGUGAGGAUGAUGACUCAAUUCCUACUCUUUUCAAUGAAGAAAUUUUGAGAGAAAAUGCUUUAUUGGUGCUAUCAUUAUCGGUGUCAAUACUUGGCAUACUUCUUUUCAUAAUAUGCAAGAUUUUAGCAUCACUGGUUCGUUUAGCAUUUAGAAGUAUCCACAAGCAAAAGACAGAGUGA